AUGUGUACACGUAUAGGGCUCUCCGGAGCGUCCAUACUGGAGCUUCGAUGGAAGAGCCUUACCAUUGCCAAAUCAGGCAUACCUCUCCGUCUGAAUACGCCAAGAUGCUCCAUACCGAAUAUAUCGUGCAAUAUAAACAGAUUUCGAACAUUAUUAUCGGCUGAAUCGCUAUUCCAUCGCCAAAUUAGGUCACUAUCCCAGUUCAAUAAGUCGCAAUUCACGACCGACUCGUCGAGCCGCCAUAGGUUUAAAACAACCAAGAAUGACCAUCAUAAUGACAAAACUGAUGAACCAGAAUCCAAUGUGAAGACACCAAUACGGGAGAAAUUGUUACGUAGGAAAAAGGCGUUGCAUCGUGCUGUGGCACGUUUGAAGAGCCGAUUGGUCUUGUUCAAAGUGUUUACAAGGUACCGGGAAUACAGAAGAUCGCAUUGGAACCUUGAAUACGCUAAGCGUUACUUCUUAGAGAAGAGGUUAAAGUUUGGCGCAACGCCAAGAAAUGCUUUGCGCCGAAAGAAGAUGAAAGAGCUGAAGGAAAAGGUUGUAAAGAAUUCUACAGCGCUAAAAUUGAGUGCUAUGUUUGCCAUCAAGAAGUACGGUAAACUUGGAGCCGGGAUAUACUUAGGUGUCUAUGUGGUCACUCUAAUUUUCAUGAACAUACUAACUUUCAAUGGGUACCUUUCGAGCAACGAUCUGCGACGCGUCCUCGAGCGAAUCAACAUCACCCAUUUCCAAGUACCGGAUAUGGAUAGCUACUUCGCAAAAUUCACAGUAGCAUAUAUUGCCACUAAGGUAGUGGAACCUCUAAGGUUCAUAGUGUCUCUUCUACUCGUGAUGGCUGUGAACCGCGCGAUGAAACGACGAUUCCGGAUGGAAGAUUCGACGAGUCCGGCGCCCAGGCUUUCUGGGAACGUCGAUGAAUACAAAAGCAAGCGCUCAAGGCUAGAAAGUAAUCAAAGGCUAUCAUUAUAUGAUUAUUUGGAGUUGGAACCAGGUUGUACGACGGCAGAUAUACGUAGAGCAUACUACCAUUUCGCGCGCUUCUUACAUCCAGAUAAGUGCCAAGAUCCAGCGGCAGUGACUCUGUUAAAUGAUAUAAAAAGCGCCUACGAUGUUUUGAGUGACGAAUACAAACGUAUGCUUUACGAUUUAAAAAAUGGGUUCGCCACGGAGGAAGAACUUUCAGAACAACUCCUCACACUCACAGAGGGAUUAAAAGAACGAUAUCGCCAUUUCCUGCAAGAUAAAACGCAGACGUACAUUGUGUCGGUUAUCCAUGAGUACUAUAGAGGUGGAUUGGUAAUCAAAAAGGCGCUGUAUGGCGAUCUGAGUCUGAGGAACCCAGGAAAAAUUACUCCCAUAGAAACAAUAGCUGAGAGGCAUCUAAGAGGUCCCUUUAUAGAAGUAACUGUCCAACUACAGGUACUCAUCGACCACGGCGUGCUGCAUAUAAACCCGGGGGGACCAAUGUCAUACGCAUUUCUACCUGGUUUCUAUAAUCCAUUGGAUUUGGGUGCGCUACAACCUGAUGCCGAGUGCGAGGGAGAGACUCAGCUGUACAUCUUAUACCUGUUCAGGAAUGAUGUGCACGAAGUGACCAUAUGUGAUGGCACACCUUUUAAGCUACCGAUGCGAGCUCAUCGUGUUUACGGAUCAUACAUCAAAGGACCCUACGCUGUUUCAAACCUGGAGGCGCUUGAGUCAUUCUGA